UUUAAAUACCGCGAGACACCCUUUCGCAGCACCACUUCUGCGGAAAAAGCUGCUAUCAGGAGGAGCAGACACUCCAGCUCGUGUUUCCGACUGUUUAUCUGAAGCCUAAAGAUGUCCACCAAGGAGAAGCUGAUUGGCCAUGUGAUGAAGGAGGAGCCUGUUGGCAGCAGGAACAAGGUGACGGUGGUGGGUGUCGGCAUGGUGGGCAUGGCCUCUGCCAUCAGCGUCCUGCUCAAGGACUUGUGUGAUGAGCUGGCCCUGGUUGAUGUGAUGGAGGACAAGUUGAAGGGUGAGGUCAUGGACCUGCAGCACGGAUCCCUCUUCCUCAAGACACACAAGAUUGUGGCAGACAAAGACUACAGUGUGACAGCCAACUCCAAAGUGGUGGUGGUGACAGCCGGCGCCCGCCAGCAGGAGGGCGAGAGCCGCCUUAACCUGGUGCAGCGCAACGUCAACAUCUUCAAGUUCAUCAUCCCGAACAUCGUCAAGUACAGCCCCAACUGCAUCCUGAUGGUGGUUUCCAACCCUGUGGACAUCCUGACCUACGUGGCGUGGAAGCUGAGUGGUUUCCCCCGUCACCGCGUCAUUGGCUCGGGCACCAACCUGGACUCUGCCCGUUUCCGCCACCUCAUGGGAGAGAAACUCCACCUCCAUCCUUCCAGCUGCCACGGCUGGAUCAUCGGAGAGCACGGAGACUCCAGUGUGCCUGUGUGGAGCGGUGUGAAUGUUGCUGGAGUUUCUCUGCAGGGCCUCAACCCACAGAUGGGGUCUGAGGGUGACAGUGAGAACUGGAAGGCUGUUCAUAAGAUGGUGGUCGACGGGGCCUACGAGGUUAUCAAGCUGAAGGGCUACACUUCCUGGGCCAUUGGUAUGUCUGUGGCUGACCUGGUGGAAAGCAUCAUUAAGAACCUGCACAAAGUGCACCCUGUGUCCACACUGGUCCAGGGCAUGCAUGGAGUGAAGGAUGAGGUCUUCCUGAGCAUCCCUUGUGUCCUGGGCAACAGCGGCCUGACCGACGUGAUUCACAUGACCCUGAAGCCUGACGAAGAGAAGCAGCUGGUGAAGAGCGCCGAGACCCUGUGGGGCGUACAGAAGGAGCUCACCCUGUGAAGAGCGCUCCUCUGAAUUCUCCUAUACACUCUGAAACCACACUCAAACAGUGCGGUUGACUCCCACCUCCCGUAUCUCCCCCGUGGCAACAGGCGAAAGAAACCUCUGAAUAUCUAUAAAGGCCAAGUGUUUGUCGCUAAACCAGCGGAAGCUAGAUUUUAACUUCAGAUAUUCACACAUUGGUGUCAUUUUCCUUUGUUGCCCCCCCUCCCAUCCUCUUCCCUCCAUGACUGUAUUCCCUGAACACCCCCCUCCCAACUCAUCCCUGUAAGCCUGUGUUGGAGCUAGAGUGUUAUCUAUUUGUUGUCCUGUCUACACAAGAAAAGUAAGGCCUUUGCAUAUUGAGCUUAUUCAUUCUAUGUACUGUAUGUUACUGUGCAACGUCGCUGCUUCUUCAGUACACUCAUUGGCCCUCAUUUAUCAACCUAACCGAGAAACCAGCGCAGAUAUGAGCGCAGAAA